AACACAAAAAAAAUGUCCUGGGACUAAUACAGUGGUACAAAAAGUACCCAAUUGGCAUACUUGAGUGAAAGUAAAGAUACCUUAAUAGAAAAUGACUCAGGUAAAAGUGAAAGUCACCCAGUAAAAUACUACUUGAGUAAAAGUCAAAAAGUAUUUGGUUUUAAAUAUUCUUAAGUAUCAAAGUAAAAGUGUAAAUUAGUACCUAGAUCGGACUCAUGAUGAUAAGGGAUGUUCUCUUGAAACAAUUUCCCUGUCCUGCUAAGCAUUCAAAAUCUAACGAAUAAUUAAAAAGUACAUUAUCUUAAGGAAUGUAGUGAAGUAAAAGUAAAAGUUGUCAUAAAUAUAAAACGUAAAGUACAGAUACCAAAAAAAAGCUACUUAAGUAAUACUUUCAAGUAUUUUUUACUUAAGUACUUUACACCACUGGACUAAUAACUGUAAAUGUAAAUGUAAUUUGUCCAUUUUCAGUGUGAUGGAGAAGCAACUUAGAAUUCUAGGUGAUUCUGAGCACAUUUUCUUAAAUGUUCUUACCCCUCGGGACUUUGGGGUGGGGCGCCAGAGUGAGAGAGAACGUCCUCCAGCUGUGUGCAAGGACACGCUCCUUGAAUGUUAAAACUACUUUGCUGCUGUUUCAAGCAUCUUGCGUGACAGGAACAGGGUCAACCGUCGAUUUGAGGUUUCGACUUUGUGAUAAGCGCGUGUUUUGCGUUUAUACACUGAAUUAAGUUUUGAAACGUCGGCGUGGCACGAAUUUGAAGAAGUUGCCAAAAGUUUUCAAAAACGGAAAAAUCCAGUCGGAUCGACAGCGGAGUAGAUAAUAUGAUCCUUCAAUGAGACCAGCUCCCUCUCCAAUAAGAGGAUGGAGUCUUACGUCUGUGGAGGAUGGUGGCGAUGGAAGUUCCGUAACGUCCUGCCAGUUGCCCUGCUGUGGAUGUCCCUGCAAAGACAAGUGUUGAGCUGUAGUAACUCCAACUGCGUUGUGGUGCUCACGGACUCCCAGGGUACCUUUACCUCCCCCUGCUACCCCCAAGUGUACCCCAAAAGUCAGGCCUGCAAGUGGACUCUGCAGGCCCCGGCUGGAUUCAUUGUGCAAAUAACCUUCUUCGACUUUGAUCUCGAGGAGGCUCUGGGGUGCAUCUAUGACCGCGUCAUUGUCAACACCGGAAACCAAGAUGUGAAAUUUUGUGGCUUGACAGCCAACGGACUGAUGCUAAACUCCACCAGCAAUGUGAUGGAGAUGUCAUUUAACUCAGACUUUAGCGUCCAAAAGAAAGGAUUCAAUGUCAGUUACAGACAAGUUGCCGUGGCGCUGAGGAACCAGAAGGUCAUGUUGCCGAACGGCAAUGGCAAAGUGGUCAAGGUCUCUAAUUCAGUGACCAUACCGACCCUUCAGCAGUUCACUGUGUGCUUUGAGGUAGCCCGCUCCAACCAAAAGAACAAGGAAACCAUCUUCUCUUACACCCGGCAAGAGGACAGCAGUGGUGAUGAAGCCCUAAGUUUCGGAAUGAACCAGGAUGGAAUGGCACUGGUCAUGAGUAACGAGACAUGUCUGGUAGACUCUAUCCUCAAUCCCUCGGACUUCACCUCCACCAUGAAGCCGUUCUGUCUCACAUGGGCCUCCACCACAGGCAAGGUGACCCUUUACUACAACAGCAACUACCGGACCAGGACCUGCCCUAACACAAGUGGGCGCUUGGUGGGGGCCGGGGGCCUGUUCAGGCUGGGGGGCAAGAAUAGCUUCGAUGGGACCAUCUAUAACUUCCGCCUCUGGGAUAACGCCAUGAGCAUGACACAGUUGGCCGCCCUUACCUGUGACGCCGUCGGCAACGUCAUUGACUGGGACAACAGCUUCUGGGACAUCCCCUCUUCGCUGGCACAGACAGACAGAACACUGAGCUGCAUCUGUUUCCCACAUUGCAUACACUUAACAACAGCUGUUCCAUCUAGUGGUACCUCUGUACCCAUCUACACAUCACACACCACCAGCUGUUCCUCUCCUGGACUGAACUGCCCAGCAACAUUAACUCCUACCAGCUCAUCCAUUAUCACCACUAACAUGAUUUCUACUAAUUCAACAACCCACGAGGGUCUUUUCUACAGGAUCUCCUUUCUUGUCCGUGACAAGGAGGCCGACGUAAGAGAGUCUGAUGUUGAGAAAUCUGUUGCACAAUGGCUCAAUCAAACAUUCCAAAACUGGACACACAUGGUCUAUGUCGCUAAUGUCAGUGUCCAGCCUUGCAGUGACUUACAGCUAGAGAGUAAAAGAUACACCUGCCGGGCCCUGCUGGUCUACAAGACCACCACCAACGUGACCCUGGGAGAAGCUGCCAUCUCCACCAGAAUGGGCCGAAGCGGCACCAGCAUCAGCAACAGACUGGAGCUAGACACUGUCGCCGUGCAGUCUGUCGAGAACUGCACGGGGGAAACUCCCCUCCAUUACAUCUGGCCAGAGAGCAGACCAACGGUCACUCAGUACAUCCCCUGUUUCCCCAACAAAGACCAGACUGCAUCCAGAACAUGUGUUAUCAGCCCCCUGAAUUACACAACGUUUUGGUGCGCCCCAGACCUCAGGAAUUGCAUUGCUAUCGAUAACAUCAAAGUGUCAGCAGAGAAUGCUGCCGAAGUCGCCGUCCAACUUGAUAACAUCACCAACAAUGAGCUCUCCGCAGACGAGGUGUUCAAGGUGGUGGGAAAGGUUAAGGAGCUGGUCAAAGUGGCCAAGAUCAACACCCAUCUGGCCAAAACCGUAGUUAGCAUCCUCUCUAACGUGAUGACCAGCUCCAUGUCAGCCCUGGUUACAUCCUCAGCGUGCACAUUGAAGACGGUGGAUGAGUUGGUUCAGAAGAUAGAGUUUGAUGGGCCUACAGAAAACAUAACCUCUAAAAAUCUGGCUCUGGGAAUUUCAGCCCUCAACUACAGCAAUUUCAAUGGGACCUCCUUCAGUGCCUUCAUACACCCCAACUCCACAGACCUCCAGAUUGCCUUUAAGUCGGGUCAGCUGAACCCCCUGGCUCAGGUCACACUGCCAGCUACACUGCUCAACAACCUGACCCGGACCAAUGCUGAGAUUGCUGCUGUCUCCAGGAUCAACUUCAUGUUCUUCCGCAAAACAGGACUAUUCCAGGAUAAACAGGACGAGCUAUCUCUUAACAGCUAUGUUGUGGCCAGCAGUGUGGGCAAUUACUCCAUCAGUAACCUGCAGGAUCCCGUGGAGAUUGAGAUAGCACACCUGAACUACCAGACAAAACCAAAGCCAACCUGCAUGUUCUGGGAUUUCACCAUGAAGAACGGUACAGGUGGCUGGAACAGUAAAGGCUGCAGGGUUAGUCCCAUGUCCAAUAGAAACAAGACUAUCUGCCUCUGUGAUCACCUCACACACUUUGGCAUCCUAAUGGAUAUCUCUGGCUCCGCUGCACAGAUUGAUGAGAAAAACACCAAGAUUCUCACUUUCAUCACCUACAUCGGAUGUGGCAUAUCAGCCAUCUUCUCUGCUGCAACACUUCUGACUUAUAUUGCCUUUGAGAAGUUACGUCGUGACUACCCCUCUAAGAUCCUGAUGAACCUGAGCACGUCGCUGCUGUUCCUCAACAUGGUGUUCCUGUUGGAUGGCUGGCUGGCUUCCUUCGAUGUGGAGGGCCUGUGUGUAGCCGUGGCCGUCUUCCUCCACUUCUUCCUGCUCACAUCCUUCACCUGGAUGGGCCUCGAGUCCAUCCACAUGUACAUCGCCCUGGUCAAAGUCUUCAACACCUACAUCCGGAGGUACAUCCUCAAGUUCUGCAUCGUCGGCUGGGGUCUGCCUGCUGCGAUAGUGGCCAUAGUGGUAGCUUUUGACAAAAACUCCUAUGGGAAAAUGCAGUAUGGAAUGGGGGAGACUGGACAAGGCUCUUCUGAAUUCUGUUGGAUCCGGAGCCAGGUGGUGUUCUAUGUGACUUGUGUGGGCUACUUCUCUGUCCUCUUCCUCCUGAACGUGGCCAUGUUCAUCGUGGUUAUGAUCCAGAUCUGUGGUCGCAACGGGAAGCGUAGCAACCACACACUGCGUGAGGAGAUGCUGAGGAACCUGAGGAGCGUCAUCAGUCUCACCUUCCUCCUGGGCAUGACCUGGGGCUUCGCCUUCUUCGCCUGGGGACCCGUCAACCUGGCCUUCAUGUAUCUCUUCUCCAUCUUCAACUCACUGCAGGGUUUAUUCAUCUUCAUAUUCCACUGUGCACUGAAGGAGAAUGUCCAGAAACAGUGGAGGAGAUACUUGUGUUUUGGCAGAUUCCGCCUGUCAGACAACUCAGACUGGAGCAAGACAGCCACUAACAACACCAAGAAGGCCUGCUCGGACACCGUGAGGAAGUCCCUGUCCUCCAGCUCUUUUGUCUCCAGUACAGCAAACUGGACUUCCAAGGCCAAAGCAACUCUAAACCCCUUUGCAAAGCGCAGCAGGAAUGCAGGUAAAGGUUACGCCAACCAGACCAAUGCUAAAACUGUCUCCUCGGAGGGUGAGGCCUCCUCCUCCAUCAUCCCCGUGCACCAGGUCAUUGACAAGGUCAAAGGUUACUGCUCGGUGCGCUCCGACAACUUCUACAAGAACAUUAUCAUGUCGGACAGCUUCAGCCACAGCACCAAGUUCUAGACCUCCCGGCACUUCAACUCUUCUUCCUCCUCCUCCUGCUGCUGCUAGCCCCUAACCCUUGGUGAUCUCCCCAGUCCACAAUGUCACCCCAGGGUUAUAGCCUCCAGAGCAGCAGGACGGUAGCUAGUAGUAUGAAUAUGUGUAUACUGUAUAAUAUCUGACUCAAUCAGCUGGUCCAGUCAGUACUGAAAAGAGAAAUGGGGAAAUGUAUAGUUCUAUAGAAAAGAAACGGGAGAAGCAGAGAAUGGAGUUUGCAAUGUACAUACUGUGAUGCUAAUCUUCAACUGGCUAUGUGUUGUGUAAAUAUUGAUGGUAUAUCUGAUAUGCCCCCGUAUAAUUGCUUCUCAGUUGGUGUUGCACAUGCCUAGGAUUCUCAGCAGGGUCACCAUUCCUGUACAGAAAUGUCAUCCAGUUUAGCUGUUCCAUUCUCAUUAUGCCGUCUGUAGAACUCCAGUAUGGGCAGCAAUGAAGGAAAAGGGUCAAAUCUGGACUAAAUGCUCAGGCAUAGGCCUAUAUUUCAAAUCCAAAGACUAACAUGACGGAGUUUUUAAAAGCUGCAGCAUUGUCAAUGUGUGUUGAAAAUGGAUCAAGUUUAGGUGUAGUUCUAAUUUGCAGUUGUCUAUUUGUGAAUCUUGUGUGUGCUUUUUUUGCUGGAAAGCAAUGUUAUGCUCCUUUACAGUGUCUUACAUGAGGAUGUUUUGCAUAAAGUGCUUACUUUAUCUUGGUCAACCAAUCAACAUCAUCAUCAACACAAUGAUGAGAUGAUUUGGCGUGUAUAUUUUUGAAACAUUAAGCUUCAGAUGCUCUACUACUGAAUAACAUAUGCAGAAAGAAUGUAUAGAAUUGGUCCAUUAAUUUCUACUUCAUUUUGGUAACUUGAUCUGUGAUCUGUGUGUCAAGUGUAAUUUCUCUGACUGUUCUAUGGAUAGAGGUUAUCAAACCCCAGCCAUUAAACCUGGAUAUGGUAAGGUAGGCCUAGAUUCAAUCCGUAUCGCGGGAGAUCCGCACUAUAGCACGAAUGAAAUUUCAAGGCAAUGUUUCGGCAUUCACAGAUGUAAACACAGCAUAUGUUGGUGCAUUGGGAAAUUUCCUUUAUGUUUUACUUGCGCUAAAACGUUUAUCUUCUGCAAUACGGAUUGGAUCCAGCUCAUAGUUUCAUAAACAUUCCACAUUGAAUAAUUUCACAAUAGAGCAACUCACAGCACAACGUAUAAUACAGGACUGAUUGAAAAGGGACUACAAACACUGACAUUAUUUGUUCAUCCAAGUUAAUGCCAACAUUUGUAAGCAGCUAAAUGUUAAUCUUCUCUUCGUUGUUGCUUUACUUCACUUAGUCUUAUUUUCCCACCAAUAGGGGAACGGAAUAUAUUGCAUUGUGUUAAAUGUUGCUGUGUGAGCUAUUGUUUUGUGUUUGUGAAGCGAUGGAACAAUCUUGUUAUUUUACUGUAUCGUUAUAUUUAUUUCUAUAGAGCUUUUUACAUUUGUUGUUCAUCUUGGAUAGAUAGAUUUGGAGAGAUGCAGCUUGGUGGCAAAACAAAGCAUUGAUCUUGACCUGGGCAGGCGAACAGGGCCAGUUAUAUUUUGGAAGCAGUCAGAGCUCUCAAUUGUUAUUUUCCAGCAUCAAGAAAAUAAUUGAAACAUCGCUAACAAAUUCCCUCGGGCCGAAUUUGUUAUGAUAGAAACCUUGCUUGGAAAGGUUAUCUCGUGUUGAACGUAUUUAGGGUCUUCAAUUCAAGAUUGUGUGGGGAGGGAUUAUAAAGUGGUUUGAGCUAAUACGACGGAGUUCUCAGCUUUACUAUGAAUUAGAUAACGACUGCUCUGCCAUCUUUAUAGAUAUUUGCAUAAAAUAUUCCAAAUGAUCCUCUAGGUUAUAUCUUAUCUAGUUCUAUCAAUGCAGAGGGAAUCCAGACAUGAUUUGUUUCUGAUUCAGUUGUACAUGUCUCUAUUAAUUUAGGGACACAGAGCUAUAAAAUCACUAUGGCUACAUCCAAACCAACACUGUACCUUAGACGUAUCACUCUGAUGAAUGUGGCUGAUCUGGUUCUAUUCAACAACAAAAAAUCCAGACCCUGUUAUUUGUUUUUCCACAACUCCUGACAAUAAUGUAUUUUCAUGAAGCUGCCUCUCCAUUGACGAGUUGUGUCUCACCAAUAAAGGGAAUGAAAAGUAGCUAAUUCUAUUAAUCAUAACCCUAA